CCAGGUGUUUGCUAAUUGCUGCUGGCUAGUUUGAAGGAGCUGGAUGGGGGAGCCACGGGGGAAGGGUUCUCUGUGAGACAGAAGGUCGGAAGAGGAACUACGCUUCGAGGGCAGCGCUAGGGCCAUCCAGGCGUUUUGCACAGCUAAAUGGUUGUCAUAGGAGAUUAAAGGAUUACUCAAACAUGUGUAAAAGAAUCAAGGCAACAUCCCAGGUAUGUUUUCGAUAAAUUAGUAAUAAUAUUAUGCAAAGCUUAAAAAAAGUCUAUUUUACACAAUAUUGCACCUUUAAUUGUGAAAAGCUAGUGGUUGAAACAGGACGGGCUUUUUCGAGUCAGAGCUCUACUUGUCAUUCAUUGGUUAUCUAAGAGGAAGUUACCCGGAUGUAGCAAUGCUAGCUUAAAUGUUUUUGUUUUGAGAGAAAAACGUCAGGAAUUGUCUGUAUAAAAGGGGCGUAAUUGGUGUCUGACUCUCUUCUUGACAGUCGUGCUGAGGAUAUUCCGCGUACAUGUUUGCAUGAAACCCUUCUGGUUAUAUCUGUCCGAUGUUUGCGGUAAAUAAUGUCAUUGUUUUCAAUUAGCAAAAUUGACUGUUAGCCACCGUGGAGCUAAAGCAGCUAACAACAGAGACUUAAAUCACUGUUUUAGAGGUCGAAGCAAUCAAAUGUUAAUGGUUUGACGCCAGAAGGCAAACCUACACUCGGAGUUUGUGACAUUGUGGGGAAGCCUUUAUGUCCGGCUGAGGACAGAGACCGGGGGAAGUUACAGAGUGGGUCCAGAACUACUGACCAAGAACAUGUGAAGGUUGUAAACAAGGAUUGUGAGAAGGAAAAGGAGACUUCAGAGAGGAGCGAGGAUGACUGAGAUGAUGAAGGUUGAAGCUGAUGAACUUGGAGGGUUCAGCUUGGAGCCCUCCAUGCCUGCAGCAUCCACAUCAGAACUGGGUCAGGAGACACAAGACAGCAAAGAUCUCAUUCUUCAGAUGUUCGAAAUUAAAGUGCUUCCCCUUGACUGGAACCCUAGUUUGGAUCAGCAGGACCCAGAUCCCCACAUAAAGGAAGAGGAGGAGGAACUGUGGAUCAGUCAGGAGGCAGAGCAGCUUACUGUGAAGAAAGAAAAUGAAGAGAAACCUCAGUUAUCAGAGGUACGGGUGAUCAAAAUUGAUGACCACAGAAAGAUAGAACCACCAAUCAGCAGUUUGGCUAACCACAUGACACAAACUGAUAGACAGGACUGUGGAAUAUCAGAACCGGACAGAAACCCUGGUCCAGUGUGUUCUUCUCAACAAAGUAAAAUGAAAGUUCACAAAAAUGGUAAAAGAUCCAAAUUGUGUUCCACAAACUCAGCUAAAGUGGGAGUCGAUGCAGGAGAGAGGCCGUUUGAUUGCAAUGUUUGCGGCAAAAGGUUCAAACGCAAGUCUCAUGUUAAAUUACAUAUGAUGACACAUACUGCAAAUAGAGAACAUAACUGUGAUAUUUGUAGUAAAGGAUUUAGAGAGAAGAGUUCUCUUCAGACACAUAUGAGACGUCACACUGGAGAGAGACCGUUCGCCUGUGACCAUUGUGGCAAAAGAUUUCAUGCAAAGAAGUUUCUUACUACUCACAUGAAGGUCCAUUCAGGAGAAAAACCAUUUCCUUGUGAUGUUUGUGGUACAAGAUUUAGGGUAAAGGAAAGUCUUAAAAAUCACAUGUGGAUCCACACCACAGAGAAACCAUUCGUUUGUAAUAUUUGCAGUAAAGGGUUUUCACAAAAAGAGAGUCUAAAAAGCCAUUUGCGUGUUCACACAGGAGAAAAACCAUUCAUUUGUUCUCUUUGUAGUAAAGGGUUUUCACGACAACAAAGUCUAAAGAGUCACAUGCAUGUUCACACACGAGAGAAACCUUUUGUUUGCAGUGUUUGCAGUAAGGGAUUUUCACAAAAGGAAAGCCUAAAAACUCAUAUGCGUGUUCACACAGGUGAAAAACCAUUUAUUUGUAGUAUCUGCAGUCAAGGGUUUUCACUAAAAGAGAGCCUAAAAACUCACAUGCGUGUUCACACAGGUGAGAAACCGUUUACUUGUGAUGUCUGCAGUAAAGGAUUUUCACUAAAAGAGAGUCUAAAGAGUCACAUGCGUGUUCACACAGGGGAAAAACCUUUUACCUGUACUGUUUGUAGUAAGGGAUUUUCACAUUCUGGGGGUCUGAAAACACACAUGGCUGUUCACACCGCACAAUUUAGCUGUAGUGAGUGUGGCAAAUGUUUUGUAAAGGAGAUACAGAUGGAACGACACAUGAGGCUGCACUCUGAGGAGAGGCCGUAUGGUUGUGACAUCUGUAAAAACAGAUUUAAACACAAGUGUCAUCUUGAAAGUCACAUGAAACUCCAUUCAGGGGAGAAACCGUCUGUGUAUAGUGUUUCCUGUCAAGCAUUUUCUCAAGAUGUUCUCCAGAAAUGCAUAAAUGUUACUGAGGGCUGCAAAUAAUGAUUAUGACGAUAGUCAACUAUGGUGGUCAAUAUCAUGACUUUUUUUUUUUACUUUUAAGAUCAAGAUUUUAUUUUUGAUUUGUUCACAUUAAAGGAUUAAAGAAUACAAAAUCUACUUAGCACUUCUAACCCUAUUUUAAUUAGAUUGUGGCAACCUCAAUAGAUAUUUAAGCAGUAUGAAAAUGUUAUAUUAUGCUUAUUGUCCCAAAUUAAUCUCAGAAUCCAGUUUAACUUCAGCAUCAAAGUUAUUAGUAUCACUUGUAGUAGUUUUAAGAUUUUCCAUGACAUUCUCACCAACACAAUUAUAAUGCCUUCUGUAUUGAAUGAUGUUGGGGAUAAAUUACAGCCUGAAACAUGGACACACAUUUCGCCCAGCAAUCAUACUGUUGAUUUUUUUUAUGAGCAGAAAGGCUACUGUUUGUAGUUUAAAUUAGCUUCAUACUAUUCCAAGUUCAGGGCACUUUAGGCCUGGACAGCUUCUUAUUGCGAAGGUUUGCUGUGUCGACAACAUGACUAGAGACAUAAACCCACAUGUUGUUGCUUUAACGGACCUGUGGUCAGUGAUAUUUCUAUCAGUUGCUUUUUAUGGGCUCCUCUUCUGUUCUCAGUUGUGAUAAACAUUUUUACUUCAUUCUCUCUACUGUCUACUGUUGUGAGUGUCACCCAUGUUUUCACUUGGGUGUACUGCCACUCCAGAGCUUUGUUCAUUCUGCCAACAUUACAUUUUUAAAUGUCGCCUUCUUUCGCUAUACAGUGUUGCAAAUAGAGGUAAUACGAGAUAAAAAUGUAUAAUUUCUACAUUUUAUGUUUCUUUUCUUUUUUUAUUCAUUGAAAAUAUCUAACAAAUAUAUCACAUACUAAGGUUAACAGCCAAAGUGGAUAUUUUUAGUAGAAUGUAAAGUAUUUUUUAAGUCUUAAUUCAGUUUAUGCAUGUUGCAUUGUGGCUAGUUUACUGAAACAUAUAGACUAUCUUGCACGUUGCAUUCUGGUUUAUCUUUAAAAUAGACCUGACUGUAACCAUAUACAGUAUUUCCCAGAUGUCAUAUAUAGAAAUGGUAAACAAAUAACUAAAUCUAGAAAAGAAUUACCUCCAGAAUUAAACAUCUGCAGAUUUUAAGAUGGUGACAGUAAUUUCAUUGCAUGCCCACAUGUAAUGUCUGUAAGAAGGUGAAGUUUUGAUGUGAAGAGUUGAACUGUUUCUGGAAGUCAAAUGGGUAAUUAUAGCUGCCUUAUUUCUGUCUUUAGUACGAUGAUUGUGCCAUGCAUUUUCUUGCUUAUUUUAGAGGUGGGAAUUUACAGAGUUGAUCAUUUAUAUUCCAUUUACUAAAAAAAGCAAACUUAUUAGGAAUCAUCAGUUGGCAACAAAUUAAUCCAGGAUUGAGGCUGCUGUUUAUGAGCAGAGAGAAUCCUGUGGUUUAUUGUUUUAAAAAAAAACCAGUGCAUUUUAAGGCUCUUAUUGUGAAAAUUUAAAGGAGGUUUUGGUACCUAGUACUUGGAACCUGAUCAGGCAAUCAUCAGCGAGCUCGGUAGAGUUUGGACAUCAUUUCAAAGAGUGCAUCAGUCUGAUCAUGCUGACUCUGAAGGGAUGCACCGUCAGAGCACUUUAGGUAAAAACCCUCAGUUUUACUGUGUAAAAGGUUUCACACUUGGAAAGUAAUAGCAUAAAUAUUUAAUUGUAAAUAUUUGUCUCUCAGUUUCUGUUGGAGGUUUAACAAACGAGAGCAUUAUUUGUCAUUCACAGUUCAGUGAUGAGGAAAUUAAACUGCCAAAUGAAACUUUUUGGAGCAUUUGAAGCUACUAUCAAAAAGUAGUGGGCCCGUUUAUAUGAAGCAUUUCUACACAGUUAUCACUAAGGGCAUAUGAAGGCCAAAAGUAAGAACUAAGUUGUACAAUUUUAAGUAAAAAUGAACUGCUUCAUUAUGAUUGCAAACACUUAAGAGUUUAAUUGACAACUGCAAAUUAAUUACGAUGUGGUAAAUGUGUUUCAUAUAAGGCAGUCAAUGUGCUGCUUUGUAGAUGUAUUUAUUAUGAAAGCAAAUUGUCAUUUGUCUUUGUAUAAUGAACAGUUUUGAUGAAUAAACAUUCUUUGCUAGAA